GCCGCAAUAGUUUUAGGUGGCUGGAACUCUACCUACCAAAGUAUAAACUACACAUCACAGAAACAAAAAUUGACACCAGCUUGCCCAUCCACCCCCACCCCGUUCACAGCUUCACAAUGAAAAUGAAAUUUAGUCGAGAAUAUAUAGGAACAGACAGUAGGUUUUGAUUUGUUUGCGCCCUGCUCGCUUUUACGUAUAAACAUUGAAAUGAAACUCUUGCCAUGGCAGCUCAAGCAAAAUCUUGCAGAACGACGCCACGAAAUGUAAGUACAUGAGUUAUGAUCGAGCAGAGUCACCACCACCGGUUCAGAAUAUGAGUACCAGCACAGAUUGCGCCUUAGGAGGUGCGGAAAAUGGCGAGAUCGAAAGUGAAAGUCGUUCUCUGACUACAGAUAUCCACGGCGCUGUCGAAGCCAGAAGCCUGUUAACGUCGUUUGAUGGAUUGGAAAAUCUCGGGCCACAGGCGGUUCCCUGCGUCAGCUGUGGUCGUCCGUCUCUUGCAUUCACCUUUCCCACUCUGGACUCCAGCGACCCCGCGUCCGAACAAAAUGCGCACGGCUUCUCGAAGGAUUAUGCACGCAGACUCUUCCUGCAUUUCCUUCGCAACCACUACAAGUACAAUGACGCCUCCACUUUCGUCGCACUGCGCGGCUGCGGGAGGUGCGAUAGGCGGCAUAUUCGUGUUUCCAACGUGGCAGCCUGGGCGGCGAAGCACUUGCGCGGGAAGCAGUUGGCGCGAAGAUUUGGGAGUACUUGGUGGAAGUCCUUUGUUGCAGAAGUUGUUUCUCCGUUGGAGGUAGAGGAGCGACCGGGUCGUGGAUUCCAGGACGACAAAGUAGGCGACGCGACGAGUACAACUAGGGAACAAGUGGAAGAUGCACUAGACUCGCCAAUAUCAUCCUGCACGACGACGGCUUCCUCGUACAACUACGGGAAUAAGACAUGCAAGUCUACUUUCGAAGACAGGAACUACAGGCUCUACGCUAAGUACUGGCUUGCUCGGGAAAACUUCUCGCACACAUUCGACGAAUGGCGUAACAAGUUUGCGCGCAGUGCCGUGAUCGGCGAGAUCACCCCCGAGCAGGCGGCCUAUUUGACCCAAAGACUUUCAAAUGCCAAAAGUCCUCCCGACCAAGAACUGCUCGGACGAGGAAACUCCCGUUGUAGUGCCACCAGCAGUACAAGAACAUCCACAACCACGACGACUACGACUCGUAUACCUACGAGUAGUGCGUCGUGGUCCACAGACGGAUCAUACAUUCGCAGUGGCGAAGGACCUGCGGUAGAAAUUAUGGAGAACGAUCACAAGGAACAAGACGGCCCAUCGCAGUGGAGUCCACGACCAGCAUCAAAGGACCGAAUAAUCGGCCGCGGCUUCCUCGUGCUCCGCCACACCGCCCUGCUGGAGGAGCUGUAUGCGGUUAUUGUGUGUGAUUUUUUAGGAGAGGACGAUGUUCACGUCGCCUACUUCUGGUUCAACCCAGAGCAGUCCGUCGGCGGGAGUCGUGUGCCCGUGCGGACGGGACCCACCUGCUCUGGUGCAGGCAUAUCCAGCAAACCGGAAGGUGGGCUCCUCAACGCCGCCUCUGGGGUCAUUGUUCCGAGCGACCUGCGGCCCUCGGUGGUUCCAAGCGAGCUGUCGGAGAAAGAUCUGCAGAGCGGCCGCAGUGGCAGCAAAAGUGUUAGAUCGGUUGUGGACUUUCUGUACUACCGCAUAUUUCAGAUGGCGUUCUUGCUCGAAUAUCGGCACGUCUGGAUGGGACCUAUCGACCCGAGAAACAAGCGGUACCGGUACAAAUUUUCGCGGCUGCGCAACUGCGGUGAAGUGCUAUGUCCUGACACGGUCUGGCGCCCGCUCCGUGAUUGUUCAGAGAUAGACCUCUCCCGCACAGAAGGCGCUGUUACAUGGACUAGUACCAAGUCGAACGCCUCUCCCACUGUAGGUGACGAGUGUGUCGUACCUACUGCGCUGUAAUCACAUUUAAGGAAUCGAUAUAGUUCUUCAGUGUAUCACUGCAGCGAGGUAGAGGCACGGCUGAAGAUUGAAGUAGCAGCCCCAGGGGUGCCACGAAGAUCUGGCAAUGCCGAUGGAAACACAGUUUCAAUCUGCUUGAAACUCAAGUUUCUGUGAGUUUUACAGGUUGCUGUUUUAGUAUUCUAGCAGUGCAAGCCAUCUUGCUGCAAGCUGUGCAGUUGCAGUCGGCCACAUGUCGAUACAUGCCCGUAAUUGUAAUUCUUCCUUUUCGAUACAACUACACCUACAUUCAUAUUCAUAUGAAGCGAUUUCUUUCUUGCUGUCACCAAAACCAUCUCCAUUGCACUUGAAAAUGUUGCCGGUGAAGAAAAACAACGAAGCAGGUAGGAACAAUUGACACCGCCAU